UCGAAACUGGUCUAAAUUGUUAGGAAAUUAAAAAUUUUUAACUUGUGCUAAACCAACCAAAUGGCUGAUGCUGGGGAGGAAGAAGCUCCAGAGGGAGAGACCGUUCAGACGGCAGAAGAAGACGAAAAAGCAGAGGCAACAGCCGAGGAGCAAGAGGAAGCAGUUGACGAGGACAAAGCCGAUGAGAGCGAGGUGGAUCCCUUCGAGAUGCUGGACGAGUCGAGCGAGGAUAACGAAGAGGAGCAUCGCAUGUACCGCGAGUAUCUCGAUCUGACAAAGGAGAUCGAUUGCCAGAAUGCAAUUAUAAACGACAUGAAGGAGCGAACACGCGAGCUGUGCGAGAAUCCCUGCAAGACCUACAAGGAAAGGAACGAGAUAAAACAGUUGCUCAACUGCCUCGAUAAGGAGAAAAUCAAACUGAAUGUCAUGAUCAAUCGGGCUAUGCAGCUGCAGAACUUUGGAUCGAAGAGGGCUUACGGCGCUAUAGAGCUAGCUACAACCACUAUAGAGGAGAGCUUGCUCCGCAGCGCCGUAAGUUGCUCGAAGACCAUCAAAUGUGCGUCAGCCAACAGCAAGCCGAAAACUGCGCAGGAAAUUUGCGAUGCCUUAGAUGAUUCAGACUCGGACUCCGAUGACGAUUGUUGUUGAUCAAGGCUACAUGUUCUAUGAAUGGAGUAUAAGUACAACCUUGUCUGAUAGGAAAUGUGAAAG